AUGACGGUGAAACAUCGAGUAGAAGAUCUUUCUUCUUACGACUACAACACUCUAAUAUUUUACGUCAAUGGUCGUCGCAUAGAAGAAAAAAAAGUGGACCCGAAGACAACACUUGCAGUCUAUCUCAGAGAUCAUCUACACUUGACCGGUACAAAAAUCGGCUGUAAUGAAGGAGGUUGUGGAGCGUGUACUGUGAUGAUCAGCGAAAUCAACUUGUUAACCGACAAAGUCCGGCACUACUCAGCAAAUUCAUGUCUUAUGCCCAUAUGUUCCUUAUUUGGCAAAGCUGUGACUACGGUAGAAGGAUUGGGUUCGGUAGUAAGCAGACGUCUACAUCCAGUACAGGAGCGAUUAGCUAUGGCUCACGGCUCUCAAUGCGGUUUUUGCACACCAGGAUUUGUUAUGGCAAUGUAUGCAUUGCUAAGAAAUAAUCCAAAUCCUACAGAAUUGGAUAUCAAUGAUGCCUUGCAGGGGAAUCUGUGCAGAUGUACUGGUUACCGACCAAUUCUGGAAGCUUUUUACAGCUUUGCAGUCAAACCAAAUGGAGACAUUAAGAUAUCAGAAAAAAAUGGCUGUGGUAUGGGAGAUCAAUGCUGCAAAGUGAAGAAAAAUAGCAAAUGCAAAGAUGAAAAGAACUCACAAUUAAACGGUUUUAUCGAUGGUCCUAAUAUGGAAAAUGGUCACGAUGACAUGGAUCAUUCUAAGUACAGAGAGGAGAAAUUGAAGCUUACUGACAUGUCCGCGGCAGCUGUUUACGAUCCCACACAAGAGCUAAUUUUCCCUCCUGAGAUCAGAGUGAGAGGGCUUCAUACAGCAUCCUUUGCAUAUGAGCACGAUGAAACGAUUUGGUACCAGCCUACAAAUUACAGUGAUCUACUCGAGCUAAAGCGCCUUCAUCCACAUGCCCGCAUUAUGUCCGGAAAUUCAGAAUUGGCAGUAGAGUUGAAAUUCCAAUUCAUCGAACUCAAAAUUGUCAUAAAUCCUCGUCAAGUUCCAGAACUUCACGAAGUACGGUUAGAGAACGAUGGCGUUUAUAUGGGGACCGGCUUAAGUCUUACGGAAGUAGAUAACAAUGUCAAAAAGUUCAUGAAAGAACUUCCAAAGGAAAUGUGCGAGGUUUUUCAAGCAGUUCGCAGAAUUACACACUGGUUUGCUGGAAAGCAUGUUAGGAAUGUGGCGUCCAUAGCCGGUAAUAUUGUCACAGCGUCGCCAAUCUCUGAUCUAAAUCCCAUAUGGAUGGCAUCAGGAGCAAAGAUUAUUCUCGAAUCCGAAGAGCGAGGCAUUCGUACACCGGUGAUGGACCAAAACUUCUUUCAUGGCUACAGGAAAGCAGCACUAGAAGCCGAUGAAAUUCUCAAAGCUGUUGUUAUCCCGUUCUCCAAAAAAAAUCAAGUCUUCCGAGUCUACAAGCAAGCUCAACGUCGUGAAGAUGACAUCGCCAUUGUUACGGGAGCAUUUAGCGCCUUGCUAAAUCCAGAAACACUCACUGUGGAGGAGAUCAGAAUUGCUUAUGGUGGCAUGGCUCCUACCACGAAACUGGCAAUGAAUACGAUGAAGUGUUUGAAGGGCAAAAAAUGGUCCCAGCAAUUACUGGAUGAGGGUUUGGACCUACUUGCCAAAGAAUUUCCUCUCCCACCAGGCGUUCCUGGAGGCAUGCCACGAUACAGACAAGCCCUUACGCUCAGUUUUUUCCUGAAAUUCUUCCUGGAAGUGUCGGAGGAGUUUGAUAUAGAAGAUAUUACUGACCGUCAUGAGACCCUGGCUAUUGGGAUAGAAAUCCCGGAAGAAUUGGUGGCCACCCAAGCAUAUCAGCAAGUUCCCAUCGACCAACCCAUUGACGACCCUGUAGGUCGCCCAAUUCCACAUGUGUCCGGCCAAAAACAUGUAACUGGGGAGGCGAUAUAUUGUAAUGACAUACCUGUUGCCAAUUGCCUCCACAUGGCGCUCGUCAUGUCAUCCAUAGCAUCUGGGAGUGUGGAAUCCGUGGACACGUCAGACGCCCUGGCGAUGGAUGGUGUAAUUGCGUAUUUUGACAAAGAUGACGUUUUGCGAGGCGCUAAGAUAGGACAUCAUUGUGACACACCCAUUUUCGUUGAGGACAAGAUUCUGUACCAUGGCCAGCCGAUUGGUGCUAUUGUAGCGGUAGAUCACGAAAUAGCACGACGUGCUGCGCAUGCGGUAAAAGUGGUAUACUGUAGGGAUCAACCUAUAAUCACAAUUGAGGACGCGAUCAAAGCGGAUUCCUACCUCGGCCAUCAACCAUUUGUGAUUCACUCAUCAUUGCUUGAAAAUGAACAAGUAGUCAAGAACGACUGGAAACAAUACGAACAUGUAAUCGAAGGCGAGAUACGAAUGGGAGGGCAAGAGCAUUUCUACCUCGAAACUCAUCAAAGUGUCGUUAUACCACAUGAGGACGACGAGUUAGAGAUACACACAAGUGCACAAGGGACGCACGAUCUACAGAUGGAAGUGGCGAAAUGUCUUGGCAUCCCGGCACAUAAAGUCAUUGUCAAAGUGAAACGAAUUGGUGGAGGAUUUGGUGGUAAAGAAAGCACAGCCGCAUUGUUUGGAGUGCCAGCGGCCAUUGCUGCGAUGAAACUGAGAAAACCAGUACGUAUAACAUUGGAACGAUAUGAUGAUAUGGCCAUAAGUGGGACACGGCACCCAUUCAGAUUCAACUAUAAGGUGGCUUUGGACUCUUCCGGAAAGUUUAGAGACUAUGAUGUGACUGCUUACGCGAAUUGUGGUUUUUCCUACGAUUUAUCUAUGGGAGUUACACAACGUGCAAUGGUUCAUAUUGACAAUGUGUACAAAUUCCCUAAUGCGGAUAUCUGUGGGAAAAUGUGUAAGACAAAUUUGGCAUCGAACACCGCCUUCAGAGGAUUCGGUGGUCCACAAGGUAUGUUCUGCACGGAGACAAUAAUCAAGCAUAUUUCUGAAAAGCUCAAUAUGGAUCCAGACAGGCUUCGCGAAAUGAAUUUCUACAAAGAAGGCGAAUGCACACCUUUUGGAAUGCACUUGCGACAAAACAACAUUGCUCGGACUUGGUACGAAUGCAAUGAAAGCAGUAACUAUGAGAAGAGAAAGGAGCUUGUUCGAGAGUUUAACAGAGCAAACAAGUAUCGAAAACGAGGAAUCUACAUGUUGCCUACGAGAUUUGGCAUUGGAUUUGGACUAAAGCAAAUGAAUCAGGCAGGCGCUCUCGUUAUGGUCUAUCUGGAUGGAACAGUGCUAGUCACUCACGGUGGAAUGGAAAUGGGCCAAGGAUUGCACACGAAGAUAUUGCAAAUUGCGGCCCGCGUAUUAGGAGUACCCAUCGAAAGGGUUCAUAUUCACGAAACCGCUUCAGAUAAGGUACCAAAUGCAUCCCCAACAGCAGCUUCAGUUGGUAGCGAUAUGAAUGGCUUGGCCGUUCAAGACGCCUGCAAUAAAAUUCUGAAACGCUUGGAACCUUUCAAAAAGUCCAACCCAAAAGGAACAUGGGAAGACUGGGUAAAAGAAGCAUAUGUAAAUCGUGUUUCACUGUCAGCAACGGGAUUCGCAAUAAUCCAUAGCGAAACUGUGGACUAUUUCAAUGGUAAGGGUGCUGAGUUGUUUGGAUACUGUGUUUACGGUACAGCAUGUUGUGAAGUUGAAGUAGAUUGCUUGACAGGAGAUCAUCAUCUUUUACAAACGGACAUUGUUAUGGAUAUCGGAGAUUCAUUGAAUCCAGCUGUGGACAUAGGACAGAUAGAGGGAGCAUUUAUUCAGGGUUAUGGCUUAUUUACCAUGGAAGAAAUCAAAAUUCGCCCAGAUGGUGUCAGGCUGACGCGAGGUCCGGGCACUUACAAAAUUCCUACUGCUGACGAUGCUCCUAGAAAGUUCCAUGUUCGUCUACUAAAAGGAUCCAGCAAUAAAAUGGGCAUUUUCUCCUCAAAGGCCGUCGGUGAGCCUCCACUCUUCCUUGGUGCAUGUGCGUUCUUUGCUAUUCGAGAAGCAGUGAGAGCAUUCCGAAUGGAACGGGGACUAAACGAUUACUUCCGGUUUGACUCACCAGCUACACCGGAGCGGAUACGAUUAGCUUGCGAGGACGAAAUUCUUGGAAAAGUUGGUUAA